AUGCAAAUGUCUGUUUUAUCUAUUGCUUUUUUAUGUUUCUUAAUAUUACCAGUUGAUUGUUUUAACGGUCCAUAUGAUCCAUAUGAUUCAACAUGUAAUUGUACUUCAAUAUCAUCGAAUGGUAAUGUUUGUCUUCAGUAUACUUGUAUAACUAAAAGACGUGAAUCAAAAUGCUUUCCUGGUCGAAGUACUGUUAUAACUGAAUAUGGUUCAAUGAAAUCUUUAUCAAAUAUAGAAAUUGGUGAACGUGUAUUAGUUAUGAAUAAAGAAAAUAAAUUAAUUUAUGAACCUAUUGAAGGUUUUAUUCACUUAAAACGCCAUGGUUUCUUUAGUUUUUUAUUAAUUAUUAUGGAAAUUGACGAUCAUAGAAAUAUUAUAACAUCUUUAUUUAUAUCACCUAAUCAUUUAAUAUUCUUAGCAAAUGAUACAGAAUUAAAAUCUGCUAUAUUUGCUAGUCAAUUGCAUUUAGAUGAUCAUAUACAAUAUGUUUAUAAAAAUGAAAUUAUAUCAGCUAAAAUUAAAAAUAUUUAUUUAACUAUACAGGAAGGUUAUUAUGCACCAUUAACACCAUCAGGUACAAUUAUAAUUGGAUAA